UUGUUGCGCUUGAAAAAUUUAACUUCCUGAAACAAACAGCGAUACCGGAAACGUUAGAGUAUUGGACGAUUCUGUGUUAAAAUAAACUUGGACAUAGAUGCAGACACAAGUGUGAACCAAAUCUUAAAUUUUGACAUUUGGUCAGUAUGAUUCCAGUUACUCAGAGUGUAUUUUUCAUACUGCUGGCGAUGCAGGACAGCAUACUCGCUAAUCCAUGUACUCAAGCUGAAAAAACGAUCCCAAAAAUGUGUAAGUGUUCGCAUUAUGGCAAAUCUGCAUAUGUAAAAAUAAUUUGUGUGAACACAAAUCGAACCUCACCAGCACAACAAAUACCAAAAAUGCCGAACAACACCAGCAGUGUACAUAUUCAAAGAUUUCAACUAGUAAGCGUCACCAAAGAAACCUUCGGCAACCUGAUAAAUAUCCCACUGAUGAAACUAACCCUACGGGAUAAUAAUAUCGAGAACAUUUCCGUGGAUGCGUUGUCGGAACUGCAAAGCCUUCGGUAUUUGGAGAUCAGUAGAGAAACUAAGGUUUCAAAACAAAAUCUAUCCCUAAUGAUGUGUAAUGUAACUAAAACCAUUAAGGGUAUCCAAUUUUCUCACAAUGUUUGGUACACACCCCCUGACUUUAAAGGACUCAAGCAUUCUCUUUAUAAGAUAGACUUAUCCUAUAACUAUUUCCGCAGUUUGAAUGGCACCUGGUUUGCAGAUUUGAGGCGGCUCAGAGUCUUGGAUGUGUCAUUUAAUGGAAUAUCAGAAAAUAGUUACAACUUCACUGGCAUAGAAAAUGUCACAAAUUUGUUAUUACAGGGGAAUUGGUUUAAAACAUUUCCAAAGUUUUGUAAUUAUUCAUUUAAAAACUUACAAAAGCUCCAUUUUCAGUAUAAUAAAUUGACUGAAUUUAAACGAGAAUAUUUUUCGUGUUUACCAGAUUUGACCCACUUAAACUUGAAUGGACAUGCGAUACGAAAACUUUACAAUAACACCUUCACAUCUUUAAGCUCUUUGAAAAGACUCAAUAUUCAAAGGUCGGCUGGGCAACUCUUUCAUAUUGAAUCUAGGGCAUUUGAAAGUACGUCAUUAAAAGAACUGCUCUUCACAGGCAAUGGAUUCUGGUUUCAGAACACUCCUACCAACCCUGCUCUCGAAUAUUUCAAACACUGUCCAAAUCUGACAUUGUUGAACAUUACCUCCAACAAGAUUAAACUAAAGGGACAUGAAUUCAUUUCAAUGAUAAAACCUUUGAAAAAAUUACAAGUACUAGGUAUAAGAGAUAUGAAUCUGCACUAUUUACCACGGGGGUUUAUGAAAUAUUUACCUCAUUUGUUCAAACUCGACGUGUCAGACAACAACCUGCAAGCGUCGUGGGAUGGUGAGUCCGUUUUCGGUUAUAAAUCGAAAUUACGCUUUCUUCAUUUAUCGGACAAUAAUAUCGAAAAAAUCACGCCUUCGAAUUUCCCAGAAAGACUCCUGAAUGGAAUGAGCAGUAGCGGUGGACUAGAUGUCAGUCAUAACAAGUUUUCCUGCAACUGCAAUGAUGCGCUGUGGUUUUACAAAUGGAUGCACUCCAACAAAGAAAAGGUAUCCUCGGUAGACAAGAUUACAUGUAGGCCUAAUGCACAUGAUGAUCUGGGUACGAGAAUAUUGUUUAACCUUACCGAAAAAGACUUGUGUCCCAUCAACCCGGCAGUGGUAAUUUCUAUUAUAACAUUCUGCAGUGUUCUCAUGACGGUGCUUCUCGUGUUGGUAGUGGUGUAUAAACUGCGAUGGCAUAUACGGCAUUGGUUAUACGUAGUGAAACAACGGAGGAGAGGAUACGAAAUCAUAAAAGAUGAUCCCGAUUUCAAUUACGACAUAUAUAUUGUUUACGCUGACGAAGAUAAUAAUUUUGUUUUCAAGAUUGCCGUACCCUAUCUGGAAGACAAGGGCUACAGUCUCUGUGUGAGGUGUCGAGAUUUUGAAAUCGGAAAGUUACACUGCGAUAACAUUGUCGACAACAUGAACCAGAGCAGACGAGUUCUCUUAAUUCUGUCCAAUCAUUUUGCAAAAAGUAAAUGGUGUGAAUUUCAAAUGCAUUUUUCGUACAACAGAUGUUUGGAAGAGAAAAGAAAUAACAUCAUCGUAGCAGUUUUGACCGAAAUCAGCUACAAGUAUUUGUCGAACACUCUAAAGGCAUUGCUGACAACACAUGACUACGCGCUAUGGUCAAAGUCUGACGAAACGGGGCAGAAUCUAUUCUGGGGGAAAGUAUUACGGAAAUUACAGUUCCAAUCCGACCAUACAGAAAGUGCUGAUGAUAUGAUUGGUGACAUUCAAUAAUGAUACCGGAAGAUGCAGCUUUAAAAGUACAUGUUCAACUGUUAUUGGACAUUCGAACCUAAAUCUUAUUGAAACCAACAGCUGACUGUUCGAAUUGAACUAAUUUAUUGAACUUUGGAACAUGUUGGUGUACACAGCUGGAAUAUUUCAUGUUAAUUCCUAAACCGCUUGCUUGUGCAUAUGGAGAUGAAAAGAUUUUAUCUGUGUUAAAGUAUUGGGAGAGUCGCUUAUUGAAAACAAUGAUAAAAAAAAAAAAAUAAGGAAAGAAAAUAAUGAAUAGGUUCUCUCCUAAGGAAGCUCUCAGCAAAUUGAGGAUGAAAUGCUUAUUCAUUGAACUGCAUUGAAAAUCUUUUUUUUCUUUUCUUCCUUGAAUGGAAAAAAAAUGGCUUCAACGUAUAAUUUACAUUGUGUAUGAAAUAACAUGUAGUUGUUCUAUUCUGUGGCGGAUUGAGAGCCCAUCCCCCACCGAAGAUAGAAAACCCAAAAUUAGUACAACAGCAAAUGUAUACAAGAUUUAACGUUAUAUAUAUAGACAAGUGCAUUAAGAUAAACAAAUCAAUUAUUAGUUAUUGUUGUUAUUUAUUGAUUUUAUUAUGUAUAAUUUAUGGC